AUGUUAUAAAAUGAUAUUGAAAUAUUUAAUGAAUUUAAAUAAUAUUGUUAAUUAGUUACAGUGAAUGAAAUUGAUGAUAAAAUUUUUUCAGAUAAUUUCGAUUCUUUUUUUUAACUAUGUUUGAAUAGAAUUGCUUCUAAAAAUUAAUGCAUUUAUGAAUAGAUAGCAAUAAUUUGUAAUUAAAUAAAGACAGAUACAUAAAAGUUGAGUCCUUUUUAUCAUUUAUCCUCAAAUGAAUAAACAAAAUUACCUCAUAUGAUUUAAAUAACAUAUAAUAUGGCAGCUGAUAAGUUAUAAAUUAAUACUUAUUCCAAAAUCAGCAAUUCUAAUAUUAUUGCAAAAACAAAAUAAUUGGAAUAUUAGAAUUGA